AAUGAAGAUGAAAAUAAGUUGGAUAAAAUGGAGAUAUAGUUAGAGCAGAACUUCACUUUGGCGAGAAAUGGAGUUAAAAUACUGUUUUAUGUUGCUGUUUGUUAUCACAAAUGGAAUAUUACAAGUCUCAGGAAUUGCACCUAAAGGUCAUCCUAAAGGAUGAAACUAUCUCAUGAUGGUUUAGUAUAUUCCAAAACUUAUCCGAGAAUUAAUUUUACAUACCAUUUUUUGAACAGAUAAAAAAUUAAUAUGUUGACUACCUUGUAACUGGAAUCAUUAUGUAAAUUACGAAUAAAUAUCAUACGUCAGUUAACAGCAUUUUUCCAUGCUGAUCAAAAUCUCAGACUUUUAACCUACAACAUUUCAAUACAUAUUCGCUUUCAUUUCCAAUAGAUUUCUUUUUAUAUUUCACGAUAUUCGAGAAAAACUUUCCUAAAUUAUUUGCCAGAGAUGAAAACGAAAUCAGUGGAAAAAAAUCUGAUAAGAAUGUUACUAAAUCGUUAUGAACAAUUUGGUGUAAUUGGACGACCAGUGAAUGAUAGUAAAAUCAAAGUUGAUGUUCGUUAUGGGUUACAACUUUUCCAAAUUUUGGAUUUAGAUGAGAAUAAACAAAUUUUACGAACCAACUGUUGGUCAAUGUAUAAAUGGACAGAUUCACUUCUUCGUUGGAAUGAAAGUGAUUAUGGAAAUAUUAAAACAGUUCGAAUAUUUCCUUCACAGAUUUGGACACCAGACAUUAAGCUGUACAAUUUUGCUGAUGAACGCUUACGAGAACACAGAGAUGCUCGUGUUGUGGUAUCGAGUAACGGCGAAAUGUUAUGGGUUCCACAAGCACUGUUUAAAAGUACAUGUGAAGUCGAAAUCACAUAUUUUCCAUUUGAUACACAAAUAUGUAUGCUGGAAUUCGGAUCUUGGACGUACGAUAAGACACAAAUGGAUAUACUGUGGUGGAUUCCAGAUUCACCUCCCAUAGAAGAAAUGCCAUACUUAGACUUUUCCGAUUACGUACCAAGUAAUGAAUGGCGUACCGAUGGAGAGAAAGAACGAGAAGUACAUCAUGUCAAUCGUACUAUACAGAUUCGAUCAGUUAAGAAACAUCGACGUCGAAGUCAAACUGUUGGUAACGAAGUGAUCACAAGAGAAUAUCCAGUGUUACGAUAUUUGAUACGUUUGAGACGAAAUCCGAGUUUUUAUGUAUUCAUGUUAGUGAUUCCAUGUGUUCUGUUAUCAUCUUUGACGUUGGUUGUAUUUUGGUUGCCUCCAGAAUCUCCAGCAAAAAUGAUGCUUGGUAUGAACAUAUUUGUUGCAUUCUUCGUUUUGCUCCUACUAUUGGCUGAAUCAACACCUAGUGCUGUGAAAAAUUUCCCAUUGAUUGGAGUGUAUUUUUGUUUGAAUAUGAUUAUGAUUACGUUGUCUACGUUUUUGGCAACUUUGGUCAUUCAUCUUUAUUUCCGAGGUGAUCGCAAUGGAUCAGUUCCAUAUAUUUUGAGAAGAAUUAUUAUUGAAGGUAUUGGACGACUUACAUUGGUACGACAGCGAAUUCCUCUACCAGAAAUGAAAAAACCAAUUAGACCUGCAAUAAUAAAACCUCACAAAAAGAUUCAAAUUCCAAGUAUGUCACCUAAUAAAAUGCCAACAACUGAAGAAAUAUGCUGUCAGAAUGAACGUACUAGGCAUUUUGGAGUUGGAAAAUUUCAACAAUGCAAUAUGGUUGGUAGUAAUUUUUUGUACGGAGAAGAGCAAUUAGGAGAAGCUGUUAGUAAUUGGUUUACUCCAAAUGAACAUUGUUCUAUCCCAAGAUGUCCCGGUCAGUUCGAUUCUUAUGCAAUGGCUACACCGAUUAAUAAUGUAUCUCAAAUACUCGGAAGUGCAAGAAAAUCAUCACAAAAUGAGCCAGAUAACACAGCUAAUCACGAUGAAUCACCAACAGUUUUAAGUUCAACGACUACACUGGAACGUGAUGUGAGAGAGUUGAAAAAAUACGUCAAAAUGUUAGUUAAUCGACAAAAGGAAACAGCUCGUAAAAGUUUAGUGGCUAUGGAAUGGCGCACUUUGGCAAUUGUCUUAGAUCGUUUGUUUUUCUUUAUUUAUAUUACCACCAUUGUGAUUGCGGUAGUUGUUUCAGUACCACGAAGUACAGAACCAGAAGUUCCACCAGCAUUUCGAGAUGAUUAAAAAUAUCCACUGCAUCAGGUGAUGCCUAUGAAGGAGUUUUUGCUCAAAAAGGAAACAUUGCAUGAAAAUGAAUUAGACAUAAUUAGUCAAUUUAUUUUUAUUUUCUAGGUCUCUUGGCUAGCAAAAAUAAAAAUUGUGUUUCGUCCUUGUUAAUUAUUCAUAAUUUAUUUCUUUGACGCAUAAUUGUAUUUUACGAACAAAUUAUAAACAUAAAGGAGGUAUAUUGUUUAUAACUUUUGAAUGAUCCCUUCUCAUUAAGGGUAACUUAGAUUAAAAUGAUUACUUUCCUAUAGAUUCAAUUGGAUCUAGUUGUUGUUUUGCAAAUAGUUCUCCUUCUAUUUGUAAAACUGUAUCAAAACAACUUUCAGUUUUGCUGUUCAUUACAGGCUGUUAUGCAUUUCAUUUGUGUAUAAAUUUCACUAAGACUCCAUACAAUUUUACAAUAAGGCAUUUGAUAUAUGUAUUCUAGUGAAUUGUUUCUUAGUCAGUCUUAUCAUUGUAGGGAUGUAUCACAAAAUGAACCAAUUUCAUUCUGAAAUACACAAACAACUGUUUUUUUUUUAAUGUUAUAUUUUAAUCUGUGUUGUUAUUCUUACUGUGAAACGAUAAACUUAUUUGUUAAUUAUAAAUAAUUAUCCUGUUUAACUAUAGCCUUUAAUCUUAUUAGUAGAAUAAAGGAUUUGAUGAAGUUACAGUUAUUCAUUAUAACUUUCCUCAUAGGUUUAGUAGAUUUUUCUAAA